GCUCCCGCAGGAGUCAGCUGUAGCUCGCUAACGGUGAAUUUAUUUUAAAUGCAGGUUUGCGUUUAGUUUGUUCGUCUUCUCGACGGAUUCCUCCCUCCGUAAAGAAGCAGAAGCUGCUGUUCUUCUGCUGGGACACUGUUUGUGCUGCUCGCCCUCCCCAGGCUGAGUCGCUGGAGAAGACCGCCAUGUUCAACCACAGUGAUCUAGAAGGUGAAGUGGAUCAUUCGUUUUUCGACAGUGACGCUGACGAGGGCAGCGUCUGCAGAGAUGGAGGGAAAAAGAUGGAGAAAGGCUUGAAGGGUGAAAGAGAGGGCCCCCCAGCACUUGAGAGGCUACAUGCGAAACAGACUGAAAAUACAAAAGCUGGUGUGUCCCCAAGGACUGAUGGGACAAAAAAACACCUGAAGCCAGAAGAGAACAGCAGCAGCAGCAGAGCAGAAAGGACAGAGGACAGCUGUCAGUCAGAGGACGAGAGGAGGAAGACAUCCGGCGCAUCUUCUGUCGCCUGCACGUCAGAUAAAGUCAUUAGCAGUAGUAGUGACGGUGAGGAAGACUCUAAUUUGCGCUCUAGAAGGCCCAAUGGAACAUUAAUGGCUUUGUUGGCUGAGGCCAGAGAGGCAGAUUAUCAGGAUGUUUACAGCCAGAGUCCAGACGAGUCUGAGGAAGAAGCAUUACCGUCCAACGCCAAACAACGGAGAAAUAAACAAUGUCAUAAAAAACGGAUCAGAAGUCGGCACGCCCGAAGUCCAUCCCCCACCUCAACUGAAGCCAGCGUGGACGCAGACUCAGAGAGCUCCUACAGCAGCACCAACGGGAGAAGGAGUUUAGAUUCCCCCACCCCUCCCAGGCCCAGCAAGUCUUCCUCAUCCCCCGGAGCGAGAAGGAUCCGAGUGGGCUCGGCAGGAUUUGGGGAUGUGCCUGCCAGCCAUACAGAGGAGUCAGACGACACAGUGACAGAUGUGAGCCCCCUCUCCUCUCCCGACUCCAGCCCUCCCCAGUCUCUGGGCCUGAACCACACAGAGGCUGAAGAGGGAAGCCUUAAAGAGCAGCAGCGACAGGAGGAGGAGGAGGAGGAGGGUGUGCCCUCCAGUGGCCUCAGCAACACACAUCAAGCCGAGGACUCGGAUCAGGAUGUGGAGGAGUGUUCUCUCAGUUCAGAGAGUCAGCUCGGAGGUAAGCUGGUCUUCUGCUGUCCUGGAGGGAGGAACCGGAAGAACUACUCGUUCACCAAUGAUGAGGUCCGAUCCAUCGACCGCGAGAACCAGCGACUCCUUCGGGAACUUUCGCGCCUUUCUCCAGGGCCCAGACCAGGAAGUGCAGUGGGGAGGAAAAUGCGUGCGGCCAGUAACUCGCCGCUCAUUCGCCUGUCUCACAGCGCGCUCAACAGGCAGCGGGAGCAGCAACGCAUUGAGAGGGAGAACCUGGCUUUCCUGAAGAGGUUGGAGUCCGUCAAGCCUACACCUGGCCUAAAACGCACGGAACAACUGGCAGACUACCAGCGACAAGUGGGAUACCUGGGAGCUCCUUCGUACCCCAUCUGUGUGUCCACCGCAAAGACAGCGAGGUCCAGCAGUAAGACACCCUCAGCAGGUCCCAGGUCAGUCAGUUCCGCCCACCACAGCUCCAGAGCGGUUUCCUCCCCCGACUCCGGCAACACACCUGUACCCAGGUCAAAAAAACUGAGUGCAGCCCGGCCAGCCUGGUGCUGAGAGCGCUGCAGCUCGCUGCUUCCCUUCAGCGGCGUCUCUUGGUGUCCGUUCAUCAUAAUAAAAGUUUGGAAGAAACUGAGUCAGUCAGUCUAAUCAGUUAUAAACAAGAUGCACUUUUUUUCUCUCGUUGAUGCUGAAAUACAGCAGGUGCUGCUCAGAGCUGUUGUGAUGCGUUUGAGUAGUUCAAGCAUGGCUUCUGAAUACUGCAGCAACUCCUCACACCAGUUAGAUCGAUGUGUUUUUGUAGGAAAUAUUGGCCAAGCUUCAGCAGCCAUGAUGACAGAACAGUUAACAGUUCAUCAUUUCAGUGAGGAUGUUUCAUCUGAAAUGCUUUUCUUUGUCACAUUUUGUCACAUUUGUACAGAUUAUGAUGCAAAUAGAGAAAUAUGCUUUAAAACAAUGAAAAAAUGCUGUUUAUAUUCUGUUUUGAAUAAAAAA